AUGUCGUAUACUCUUUAUGAGGGCUUUGUUCUCCAAACAAAGCGGGCUUUAACUACUCUUUCAAAUAUUCUUCACAAAGCCGAGGAACAGCCGAACGCCUCCAGUUUUCCAUCCUGCCGACUCCACGAUGACAUGAGAUCACUCAGUUUUCAAGUAUUCGCGGCAACCGCACAAGCAUCGCUAGCUCUGGCUAGGCUGACAGAUGAGCCAUUCCCAACCGAGGAUAGGGGCAAGGAUGUUGUCUUGACAUAUGCGGAACUGUACGCGCGCAUCGACAAAGUGCUCCAGGCCAUCGAUGCAGUUGACAAAGACUACAUCCUCGAAAAUUGCGAGGCUGUCAAGCCCACGCCUCUGGGACCAAAUAUGCAACCCUUAUCUGGGGUUGCAUACGCAUGCAUUAUGCAGGCUAAUAUCUUCUUUCAUGUCACUACUGCCUAUGGUAUCUUGCGCAAGGAAGGCGUGCCUUUGGGAAAGUUGGAUUAUCUUCUGCCUUUUGUGGCUUCCUAA